CAUAUUAUUAAAAAUUAACGAUGCCCCCUAGCGACCUUCGUUUUUCAUUGUUCAAAGGGGAUUCGUCCUGACCUUGUCCAGUUCUGCCCCAGCCCAUGACACGUGACCUAUUGCUCCUCUUCAAUCUCACUCAUCUCUAAUCUUUUUUUGUCGUUGGCUUAAAUUAACAUAUUUUAUUUGUUAUUGUAACUUACCAACAAGUUGUCAAUGUCUAAGAAAUUUGCGUACAUAUCUAUUUGUGUGUAUCUUCCUGACAUUGGGUUCGAUUGAGCCAUGUCCACCAACAGAAAACCAUAUCAGAAUCAUGGCUUCCAAAACCAAUCAUGCCACGCCGGCAUGGUUCCUCCCUAUCUGAAUCUCGAACGGCCAGCAAAACCUGAAGCUUUUAUUACUGAUCCCUUCAUGUUUGAUCCAGUUAUACAAAAUAGGCAAGCACCUGUAGGAUCUCAUGAGCAUGCUGUCGACAUCUUCAGCACAGAUUACAAGUAUCAGCCUGGCACUUGGAAUGAUGAUUGCCAUGAUGAUGCAGAGCAUGUGGCAUUUAAUCUCUGUGAGGAUAAUCAAAACUUUAUCUACUGGAAUGACCCAUUCACCAAAGGCAAUUUCACGCAGCUGGCUCCUUCAAUAAACCCUUAUGCCACGACAUCAGUAAUGCCCAUAUUGCAAGAUAUAUCUUCCCCUUGUGUGCCCUUGAAACAAAAUCACCAGAUAGAAGAACUACUAUCGGCGAAGGGGACAUUACUUACAUCGAGCGAAGAAAAGUCGAGAGAGAGUCAAGUAUGCCCUAUCUGUGGGCGUACAUUUGUAUACCAAUUAAACUUUGCAAAGCACUUGGCAGCAGCAGGCUGUUGUCAGCCUCCAUGCAAAAAGAGCCGAAUGGAUCCUGAGCCUGAUACAAAAGAGACAUUCAAAUCUAAUACCCUGCCACGAACCAGCCGUUCCAAGAAAAUAACACGGUCCAAUUCAACGAAGUCACGAAAGAAACAAACUAUUCCAUCAUUAAAAAACCAUCUACAAGAGUAUCUACCGAACACGGAAAUCAUUUCCAAUUUUCAAGGGGCUCCAAUGAUGACGGAUUCAAGAGAACAAGAGAACAAGACACUUAGGGUUACGAAACAACGGCCUGCAUAUGCUUCAGGUCCGUUCGAAGCACAAACCCUUUCUCAUAGUCUGCAAGAGUCUACGUACUGCAGUUUUUGUGACUUGCAGUUGAAUUCAGAAAAUCUUUAUCAACGACAUCGCCUUGCUCAUGCCCUUGUGAUCCAGCUUACCCGUUGCCUGGUGCACUCUCUACCAAGAAUUUCAUCUCCACAUAAUGAGACAGCCUGUGGCAGCAAUUUGGCCGUCCUCGAUGAUUGGUUGAGUGACCAAAUCCGUUGCAAUAUUAAUGACGACAACUGGUUGAAACUUUCUGUUCAGGAAGUGGAGCAAGUACUGGGCAACAGCAACAUGGAUGUAGAUAUCCCACAACGCCAUGGAAUUCAAGAUAAUGCUGGGUUCCAGAACAUUGUUGACCUUCUAGUUAGCCAAGAUUUGAAUCUCACUCCGGCUAGUGAGUUUGUCGAUACAACAAAAGUAUUGGAUUUCAUUCCGCUAGAAACGGAAAAAUCUGUUGAAACAACUUGUAUAUCUACCUCCGUCACGUACGAUCCGUCCCUAAUUCAGCCAGUGUGCAGUAUGCCGGAUCAGCCCAUGAACGUUCCAGUUGGCAGUGACUUACUGGCAACCGAAGUGGCUAAUCCAGUUUGCCAGGCACACGGAAUUGAAAUGUCAGAUGUUACCGGAUGCACGUCUUCUGCUUACUCACAGAAUUUCUACGAUUUUAAUCAAACGGAGGGAUCUUUCAAGUCAAUUAUCACAGAUCUUGAUGUUGUGGAAAGGCAAAUGGCUAGCCUUUUGAAGACUUACGAAUCUCUUUCACCGUCGGACAGUGGCGAAAAUCUUACCCAGACUGAACUGGAAUUUCAGCAUAUUUGCAACGGCCAUUCGCAGGAUAAGUUUGCGAUGCACCACAUCACUUCCUCACGAACGGCUGAAUAUCCUUACACUUGCAAACCCGAUGUCGAACUCGUAAAUCCCUCGAGUUGCAAAAUGUUGCCCAUAUUGGGAGACGUUGACCCUUCGACUUACUAACUCGAUCGACCAGUUAGAUCAACAACGCCAGAGGAAGAAGAAAAUCUAACCUACUGACGUCACCUUGCACCGUUACCCAGUUGCGCAAGUGGCACUGCCUAACCGUUGGAAGUUCUUACCUGAUUUUCAGUUUAUUAAUAUUUUUCGUUUUCAGCUCACAUCCGAAUGGGUGGCAAUCCCUUCAUAUCUAUUAUAUCGUUUUAAAAAAACUAUUUGGUCAAAUUGUAGAAAGAAACAAAAAAAAAGUUAUUUGUUAUGACAGAAAAAGAAAAAGAAAAAAAAAAUAGAAAGUUUCUCGUACAGCAA